UUUUAAAUGGAAAAGUAAAUAAAUAAAAGAGAUAUCUCUUGAUUUUUUUCCUGAUUUAUCUUGGUUAAAAAUUAAAGAACAUGUCUUCUCCUGCAGAAAUGGCUUACCAAAAACCUAGUGCAAAUGAUGAUGAUUUAGAUGAGGAAGAAAGCUUUUCAUAUGCUGUACAAAUUUCCAUGGGGAUAGUUCUGCCUAUGGUCAUGCAAACAGCAAUAGAGCUUGGCAUUUUUGACAUUAUAGCCAAAGCUGGUCCUGAUGCUAAACUCUCAGCUUCUGAUAUUGCAGCCCAAUUGUCUGCCUCGAACCCCAGUGCACCUUCCAUGCUCGAUAGAAUCCUCAGGCUUUUGGCUAGCAAUUCUGUUCUUGGCUGCUCUUUGGCCUCAAAUACCCAACAAAGACUCUACCAUUUGAUUUCUGCUUCUAAGUACUUUGUCAAGAAUAAAGAUGGAGUCUCACUAGGACCUUUCAUGAUCUUAAAUCAGGACAAAGUCUAUAUGGAGAGCUGGCCUUCAGUGAAGGAUGCAAUUCUUGAAGGAGGAAUUCCAUUCAACAAGGUCCAUGGAAUGCAUGCUUUUGAUUAUCCUGCGACUGAUCCCAGGUUCAAUAAGGUUUUCAACACAGGAAUGAUUAAUCACACGACGAUUGUCAUAAACAAAAUGUUGGAAUCCUAUAAGGGUUUUGAUAAUCUGAAUCAGUUGGUUGAUGUUGGUGGUGGGCUUGGAGUUACCCUUCAUAUGAUCACUUCAAAAUACACUCAGAUUAAGGGUAUCAAUUUUGAUUUGCCUCGUGUCAUCCAGCACGCUUUGCCUUAUCCUGGUGUGGAUCACGUUGAAGGCGACAUGUUUGAAAGCGUUCCAGAAGGAGAUGCCAUUUUUAUGAAGUGGAUACUUCAUGACUGGAGUGAUGAGCACUGCUUGAUGCUGUUGAAGAAUUGCUAUAAAGCAAUUCCAGAAGAUGGAAAGGUUAUAGUUUUGGAUGCAGUUCUUCCAACAAUGGCAGAGAAAAGUGCAGCUGCAACAAGAGACACUUAUCUAAUGGAUGUGUUUAUGAUGACUCAAAACCCUGGAGGGAAAGAAAGGACUCGUCAGGAAUUCUUGGCCCUGGCUAUUGAUUCUGGAUUUAGUGGCAUCAGGUUUCAAUCUUGUGUUUGUAACUUUUGGGUUAUGGAAUUUUUCAAAUAAAUGUAUAAUUAAGUCCAUAAUUACUAAUUAAAGUCGUUGAAAUAAUGUGCUCCAUGACUUCAUCUUGUGCUGGGACAGCAACAUAAUUAAUUAUUAAUUUGCAACUUGUGCUUUUAAUGGAA